UAGUCUCCUCUUUUCUAAGCUGAAAAGUCCAAGUCUUUUUAAUCUCUCUUCAUAUGGGACCAAAUGUUCAUAUUUGGAGGCACUCACGCUGCAGGGGGGCUGGCUGGGUGCUCACAAGCCCCAGGGCAAGGAGUCAAGCUGUACCUGGAACACCACGCCACCCACUUCUUGUGCUGACAGAAACUGCAGCAGUGUCAUUGCUGAACUGUCUCUUCCUCCCGAGAGUUGCUGAAGCCGCUUCCCUCCCCUCAGCUCUGCCUCUGUCUGCAAGUUGGAAGGAGCUAGUAGCCAUGUGGCUUCCUGCUGGGAAGGCUUCAGGGCGGCUGAUGAAGAACAGCUCCACAUCCCCUCUCGCCGAGAAGCAGGGUCAGACAAGUAUGGAGGCUUCUUCCCAGAGCGUUCAAGCCACCAGCGGGUAUCCCAGCACCAGCACCAGCACGGAGUGUAAGCCACAGGUGCUGCCCGUGAUCAUCCCCAUCCUGCUGAGCAUUCUCUUUGUGGCCUGUCUUGUUCUGAACAGCACCAGCCUGUGGAUAUUCUGGUUUCAUAUCAAGCGGUGGAAUUCCAGCCUGAUCCUCCAGUUCAACCUAGUCUUAAUGGACACCCUCCUUAUUCCCAUUGUGCCUCUGAUGGUUACCUACUUCAGCCUGGGCAACAGCUGGCUCUUUGGUCAGUUCCUCUGCCAGCUCAAAAUCUUCAUUCUUAGCACCCACCUGUAUGGCAGCAUCUACUUCCUGACGCUCAUCAGCAUCCACAGGUACCUCGCAGUUGCUCAUUACAGCACCAGGACCCUCUGGAAGAAGAAGUCCUUCCUGAAGAAGCUCAGCUUGUUCGUAUGGUUUGUCCUAUGCAUCCAAGGGCUGCCCCUUUUCUUUGUCCUCAAGACUUCGGUACUCAAUGGCACCGUGAAGUGUCUGAGCAUCCAUCAGUCAGAGUUCUCCUCUGUUUACCUGUACUACAGUAUCUUCUUGGUGACCAUCUCCUUCCUCCUCCCCUUUGGCAUCUCCUUGAUCUGCUACGCCUUGCUGGGAGCGAUCAUUAUGAAAAUGAGCAGUACGAGUCUCCGGGGCAGGGUGAUGAAAACAAAGUCCUUGCAGCUGGUAAUGGUGUCACUGGCUAUCUUCAUCAUCUGCUUUGUGCCGCUGCACGUAAGCAGGACUGUGGGAGUGAUUGUGAAGUAUUACAACAUGUCCUGCAAGCUCCUGCUCCAGAUCUACCCAGAGACCCAGGGCUGCUGA